AUGUUUAGUAGAUCAUCCCAAUCAAUAAUCAGAAGUGCGAAGGUCCUUAGAAGGUUUAAUUCAUCUAGCAGCCAUGGCUCAACUGAACCUCCUAAAAACAUAGAAAUCAGCGUAACCAAAAUUUUUGGAGUUGCAGCGUUAGCAGGUGGUUUAUUGGUAUACAAAAAUCACGAGAAUAGAGACAAACCAUUAUAUAAGACUAAGUUAUACAACGAGGAAGAAGAGCGCCCAACUGCAAGAAGCGAGAACUAUUUGAAGCGCUACAAAACUUCCUUUUUAAGUGCCUAUAUGAAAGAUAGAGGUGGAAUUGGUCAAAGACAAUACAGAAGAAUUAGUGAAAGCAUAGUCCCAACGACUGUAAUUCCUAGUCACUCACCGGAGGGUGACCAGUUUGGAGCUGGUAUCAAAACAGAUCAGUUGGGUCCUAGAAGGGAAAGAAUUAGACUUUAUGCCCCGUUACUGAAAUCAGAAUAA